AGUAACAGUACGAGAGUCAGUAACUCACUCAAAAAAGAUCCAAACAUCAACACAAUGGUAGCACCUCCUCCAACAAUUAAUGAGAGCGAAGAUGACUCGAGUGAUUUGGAUACUUCUAUGUUAGAUAGUACUAGAAUUGAAGAAGAACCCGAGGACGAGGGUGAAGAUGUGGAGGAAGAGGACGAAGAUGAUGAAGAAGAAGAAGAAGAAGAGGAAGGUGCAGCACAAAACGGAAACGAAGAAUCCGAUCUGUUGUCAGAUAUAAGCGAUGUUGCAGAAGAAGAGGAAGAAGUUGAAGCAGUGGAUGAAGAGGAAGAAGAAGAUGAAGAACAAGAAGAAGUAUCAGGAGACGAAGACAGAGGUGAUGCGUCGAGUGAAAUAGAAGACGAGGUACAGAAUGAAGAAGAUGAGGAAGAAGGAGAAGUAGAAAGAGGUGAAGAAGAAGAUGGAGAUGGAGAUGGAGAUGGAGAAGGAGAAGAAGAAGAAGACGAAGAAGAAGACGAAGAAGAAGAGGAGGAAGAGGAAGAAGAGGAUGAACUUAUAAGUGAAGAAGAAGACAAUUACAAACUCGAAGAUCUUGAUGAGAUAGAUGAAGAUUUAGAACUCAAAGACGAUGAUGACGACUAUAGAGAAGAAGAAUUGAAGCCAAAAGUAUCCCCUAAGAAGAUCAACAUAAUUGUAAAACCUCCAACAAAAGCUAGUAGCAGCAGUUCAAAGGCAGCCAUUACCAAAAAUAUAGCAUCUACCGCCCGUGAAACAAGGAAAAGACCACAAUUGACAUAUUAUGAAGAUGAUGAAGAGGAGCAAGAUGAUGAAGAAGAUGAAGAGGAAGAAGAGGAAGAAGUGUACACCAAAACAAAGAGUCGUCGUCCAGAGAGGAAAUUACAACCACAAGAGAUAGAUGAAGAUCUUUUAUUAACAGACGAAGAACAAGAAUAUAACCCUCAUGGAAAUCCCGAUCUUUCAAAGAUGACAGAAAGACAAAGAGCGAGAUAUUUGGAAGAGGAAAAUGAAGAUUAUGAUUCUGCCAAAGACAAUAAACGAAAGUUUGAAGAUUUGGAUGCACAUUAUAGUAGUCUUAAGAAGAUAAAAGUUAAAAAAACUGAGACAGAAGAAGAAGUUGCCUUGAGAAAGGCUGAAAAUGCUAGAAAGAGACAAGAUUAUAAGAAUAAAAUGUUAGAAGAGGAAAAAAGAGAUACAUUAAAUAAGCUAUUAAAGAGAAGAGCUACUAAAACUAGAGAAGUUCAGGAUAAAGAAGGUACCGUAGAAGCGUCCAAAACGACAGGUGGUUCUGAAAAUCCUCGUAGACCAAUCUUGAGUCAUCCUGCGCUUAUUAGAUAUACCAAUAACAUAACCACAUUAAAUGGUAACUCUAUAUUAGCAUUCAAUAAGAUUUAGUUUUGAGUAAUUUAUAGUAAAUAACUUAUCUAUAGCCAAGUGAUUUUAUUAUUAUGUAAGAGU